UUUAAAAGUAGUUACAUUUGUUGCUAGGUGCCGUUAUAAAAAAAAGUUGCAAAGGUAGUCUGAAAAGUUGCUAAAUUGGCAUCACUGUUUGUGGUAGUCUAAACAGAAUCCUUGCGACGUCCAAAAGACGUGACCGCAUUGAAUUUAAACGGUUUGAGUAGGGUUUAGGCGAGGGUAUGCACCGAACAUGUACCUAUUUUGGGUUUAGGCGAGGGUGUGGACAGACCGUUGACCUAUUUUCUUCAUCAUCCGGGUCACGCUCGCAGUUUGCGGAUGUGAUUCAAACGCGGAAACAACACGUUAGAAAUGGCAUCAGGGACAGAUCGAGCAGUUGGCAUGGGCCUGGUUGGCUUCAGCCUCCUAUUAUUUACAUACUACACAAUCUGGGUCAUCAUACUGCCCUUCGUGGACAACGAUCAUGUGGUCCACCAGUAUUUCCUUCCACGGGAGUACUCUAUCAUUCUACCUGGGAUUGCAGCAUUGAUACUGCUGCUCUGUGUAGGUACCUUCAUUGGCGUGGUCACCAGGAAGAACCGCAAGCCUAAGGUGGACUAAGAGGGAUGGUGUCACAGAGACGCUGUCAGACGGGUCAGGAUGUAGCGCUAGUAGUUAUGCUAACAGUAGCUUCACUAGAACCUCCCUGGUCCAGCGUCUUGCCUUACAUUCCGUUGGGAGAAAUCAAAAAUAAAGUCUGGUUUCUCUCUGAUGAAAACAUCUAAUGACUGAAAGACAUAAGACAAGACUUGAAGAGCUGCUGUACACCAACACCUAUCCCUUCUCCUUAUUCAGACCCACAACCUUGUGGUUGGCAAUGCAUGUCAUCGGGCAAGUCAGAAGUAUUUUUUUUUGGUUGCCAAAAGAUUACGAUCACUUCCCUGAAAAUGUAAAUUAGUUAUUUACACACAAACUGCCAUUUAUGGCCUGCCUGUCACCUACACAUAGGGAAGGAAUUAGAUCAGUACUGGAAUUCUUUGUGUUUUGGUUGUUAUCAGUAAAAACAUUAAUAGCAGGCUCAACUUGCCCGACUGCCAUAAAUGCCAUAAAUUGUUUGUCUUUUGUGUAAACAAUGGGAAUGAACCAGAAAGAUCAGCUUUAGGCUACUGGAAUUAUUUUCAGUUUGAUUUCUAUGUGUAUUUAUUUUUCAUUACAUGCCCAUUGGGGCAAACUCAGAGCAGGCCAAACUUGUGCAACUGCUCACUUCACUUGACCCAGGCAAUAGGGCAACCCUUAAUGUCAAUCCCUGCAUGGCUGCAGAUGCUAUAUUUAUCCUUAAGGAGCAUUGUCACUUUGCCAGGAAUACAAAAUUCAAAAGGCACUCGCACAUCUGAGCAAUCCUAUUUGCAGGUGCAUGGCAACAAUUGAACAAGAUGAAGGAAAAAGGAAACUGCACACUGCUCUUGAUAGUAUCACUGAUCUUUAAUAAGCUUACGUGUGAGGCCUUUGUCAGAGCUUUUGUGAAUUUUUUUUGAAAUUUGAACUCUUGUGUAGACCUAGCCCCACCCACAUCUGUUCCACACAUCGAAGGGGGUUGGAGGCAAAGGAAAAAAAGGGAUGAAAUCGAUGUGUCAGUAUUCACUUUCACUGUAUGUGGUCAGCCCUAGAUAAAAACCUGGCUUCAUUAUGUGGAGAAGAAUUAGAUUAGCUGAUUUUGUGGAGUACUAUAUCAGAUUCAAUCAAAGUUUCACUGGCGUCCCAUUUCACCACAUUUUGGAUGUCUUUUCAGGCACUGUUUUAAGACUUAAAGAUUUAUUUUGAGUUCUUAGUUGCUAAGAAUGACCAAUGCCAAUUGUUUAGUUAGUAACUGUAGUCUUCACGGACUGAACGGGCCCAAUUGAUAUCCAAGCAUAUUUAUUAUGUCCACACAAGCACUUGGUAUUUUAAAUAAUCAUUGUGGCAAAUUAGGAAAUCUGUCAUUCUUUUAAAUACCAUUAAGUGCUUGGCUAGUUCAAGUACAAGAUAACUUAGCAUCUGAUAUGAUGGACGAUUUUCUAAAGUCUGUUGAGCAAAACAAGGUCUAAACAUGUGGAUGGUGUAUAGGGUUAAAGGUCCUCUGUAUUCACAAAAUAAAAUGUUUAUAU